AAUUUCUUAAAUUUGUCUUCAUAAAGAAAAGAAUACAUAAUUUAAAGCGAUAUAAAAGUUUCUACAGAUAAAAUAAUAAAAUGAUAGAAAAUAAUAUAUCUAGUGAAAGUGAUGAAGGAGAAAUAAAAUCAGAUUUUGAAUUGGAUUUUCAAGACGAACUAUGUAAUUAUCCUCAUGUUUUAAGAUUUAUUCAAAGAAUGCGUGAUCAUAUUAAAAAACAUAAAAAAAUUGCCAAGUUACGAAAUAAACUCAAUGAAUAUGAGAGUCAGAAAUUAUUGCAGAAAAAAAAUUUAGUUGACUAUGGAACUCAAACAAAUCCUUUGGAAUAUGAAAAAGAAUCAUAUCUUUCACAAGAUUGGAAUAUUAAUAAUGAUAAAACUUCAACUGAUAUUAUACAACAGGUUAAAGAAGCAGCUGAAUCUGCUUUAUUGCAAACUGGUUUUGUUUAUGAAGAAACUUCUGGUUUAUAUUAUGAUUAUAAUAGUGGAUAUUAUUAUGAUGCAAAACAAGGUUUAUAUUAUGAUGGUAAUACAGGCACAUAUUAUUAUUAUGAUGAAACUAGUGGAACAUAUCAGUUCCAUAGUCAAGCUCUAGUAACUGGGAAUGAAGCAGCUGCACGUGUGCAAGGCAAGAAGGAGCAAAAAACUAGAAAGGCAAUUAAGGAUGAGGGGAAAAAACGUAAACUUGCGAAAAGAGAAGGACAAUCAGAAGAUGAACUCGAGGAGGGUGAAUGUUCAAGCAAUGAUAGUGACAGCAGUUCUAAUGACAUUACUCCAGAAUUAUGUACUAGUAGUGACAGUGACCAUGAAGAAGAUCAAGAUUUAGCAAAAACAUAUCCACCGUGCAUGAGAAUCAUAGUUAAGGAAACCACUUUACCAAAACUAAAAGUUGGAAGCCUUUUUCUUGUUGCAUACACUGGUGGUUCAAUUGGUCGAGAAGGUGAUCAUUCUGUAGUUAUUCCUGAUAUAAAUAUUAGUAAACAACAUGCCCGUUUUUUAUAUAAUGAAGAUAAAAAAAUAUAUGAAAUUACUGAUUUGGGAUCAAGAAAUGGUACAUUUUUAAAUGGUAAAAGGUUAUCUGUGGCUAAACAAGAAUCUGAUCCUCAUGAAGUUUCGCAUGGUUCAAUUGUGCAAGUUGGAACUACAAAAUUAUUGUGUCACAUUCACAAUGGAAAUGAAACUUGUGGUCAUUGCGAGCCAGGACUUGUUCAACAAAAUAAUAAUGCAGAAGAAAAUAAAUCUUCUAAAAAACAACAACAUAAACAAGAAUUACGACGGCUGAAACAUAAGUUUGGUGUAGAAAAAGAUAAUGUUGCAACUGCUAGUCAGGUAGCAUCAGGAUAUCAAGAUCGAGCGCAGAGUCGUAGAAAAUGUGUGGGUUCUUUAAAUCAUCAUGCUAAAACACAACAAAGUUCAAUGGACAUUUCUAUCGCAAAAGACAACAGAGGAUUUAAACUUCUAUCAAAAAUGGGCUGGUCUGAGGGACAAUCAUUAGGAAAAGAAAGAGAUGGUCCGAUUGAACCGGUAUCUUUGACGAAUAAUCCGAGCAAAACCGGUCUCGGCGCGACCAGCGAAUUUCCUACAAUCGAGCUAGAUUCUACGACGGAAAAGAAGCAGGCGUUAUGGCGAAAGACUCAACAACGUUACAAAGAAAUAUCCGACCAUGCGAAAUAAUUGCACUGUGAAAAACGCCCGAUUUGCAUUGCACAGACUUUUUCAUUUUCUUGCCACGGUAAGCGAAGACGAUUACGUUCGACCGUAAAAAUCCUAUUAUUCUGACACAAGGGAUGAGAAUUUUUUUUUUUUUUUUUUGCAAAAUGUUAAUGCCUAUUAUUAGAUUUCAACACAAGGAAUAUUGUAUCAUAUAUAAUAGUCUUUGUUUAAAAUAGUGUUGAAUUUUUUAUAUCGAUCGUAAUUUGUACAUAGAAAGAGAAAUGCAUAGAAAUUUGAGCGAAAUGAUUGUAAAGAAGAAGAAAAAAGAAAAAUAAUUGCGAAAAAUUGUAUUGUCCAUCUUUGUUAUAAAUGAAAGUUUUGACGCAUCCAUUUGUAAUUUUCUUUCUUGUGUGAAUUGUGAAUAUUUCUGCAAUAAAGGAUACGUUUAUUAUUGUAUA